AUGAUUGAAAAUGAUUACGCAGUGAAGGUGGCAAAAUAUCCACCAAAUCUUGGUUCUGAUUAUCCGGAAGACGAAUUUGGACCCGGAGCAAAAAUGCUACGAGGACCGGGACAAAAAUCCUCGGAUCCGUUCCAGUUCGUCGCCGUCACAAAAGGCGGCGACGAAAUGGCUGAAUCUGCGAAAAACACACUACAAAUGGCACAACAACAAAAAGCACAAAGAGAAAAGAUGCUUCAAGGACAGCGACAAAUGCAAAAGUUUGACGAUGACAGUGAGCCUUGGCGAGCUAAUUUGGAUACAUGGAGGAAGAAGAGAAAGGAGAAAUUUGGAGAUCGAGCGGUUUCAGAGAAUACUGUAGUAACACCAAAACGACAAGAAGAAUAUGCUUCCUACCAACCGAGAAAGAUGACUACUUUCCAAUAUCUUUUACAGAAAUAA